AUGGCCAAAGUUGCUGCCUCCCUUGCCGGUUGUGUUGGCGCACAUUUUGAGGCAGCCCCGGGCCCCUGUCCGCCCGCCAGCCUACGGGACACUUCCGCCUCGCAAGCCCCCUCAACCUCGUGUUUUGCCCUCCGUCCGUCCGUCUGUCCGUCAGUUUCUUCGUGUCUUGUCCCUCCUCCUUUUUUACAUCUGCCCCCACGCCCACCUCCACACCCCACUUCAGCCCAUCCUCGGCCCGGUCCUCCCAGUUAUCCGGAUUCCCUGGGCCUGACGCCUUUCAGCCGGGCAAGAGGGCAAAACACGCCGGAAGCGCCAAGGGAACAUCCUCACGCAUGA